AUGGAGUUCCGAACGCCCGACGAGGGCGUACCGCCGCCUUUACCUCCAAUGCUGUCACCCGCUGAGCUCGCAAAACUGCCGCACGAUAACUUGGGCCCGACGGUGCUGGGGACGACGUGGACUUUUGUGACGUUAUCGCUUUCGUUUAUUCUGCUGCGGGUAUACUGCAAGUUUGCGCGACACAGAGCUCUCUGGUGGGAUGACUACAUAUUAAUAGCAUCAUGGAUGGCACUAACAGGCUCGACGGGAAUUAUAACCCGCCAAGUCCAACUCGGCUACGGCAAGCACAUCUGGGACAUCCCGCCCGAAAACUUCUUCUCCAAGAUGCCCCUCCCCAUGAACAUAUCCGGCACGCUGGCCAUCCUCGCCGCGGCGUGGAGCAAGACGUCGUUCGCCGUGACGCUGCUUAGGGUUAGCCAGGGGUGGAUGUGGGCGCUGGUGUGGUGCAUCAUCGUGUCGAUGAACAUUGCGCUGGGGUUGAGCGCGUUGUUUAUCUGGAUCCAGUGUACGCCGAUUGAAAAGUCGUGGAAUUUUUUGAUUCCGGGGAGCUGUUAUCCUAUGGGAAAGAUUGUGGAUUAUUUGAUGAUUUCGACGGGAUAUUCCGGCGCAAUGGACAUUGUGCUUGCGCUUCUGCCUUGGAAACUCGUUUGGCCUCUCAAUAUGAGGAAGAAAGAGAAGAUUGGCGUGAUAAUUGCCAUGAGCAUGGGUGUCUUUGCGGGAAUCACGGCCAUCAUCAAGGUCGCCAUGACCCCAAGGAUGAAGGAGGGAGACAUUUACUACGGCGUCGUCCUCAUCAUCUGGAGCACGGCCGAGUCUGCCAUCACCAUGAUGGCAGCAAGUGUCCCAGUGCUGCGAUCACUCCUCCGACAAAAGAGCAAGUCUCGCGAAAAGGAAUCGCCCAUAUCGAAGGCGAAGUUCACCGCCGAGAGCUUCACGAUGCAAAGCCAAAGUACUGUCGUCAUCGAGUCGCGGCGCGUGAGCUCGGACAAGGUGUCGUUCUGGAGGAGCGGCAGCCAUAGUAGGGCGGCGUCAAGAGAUGUCGCGAAUGGGGAGGUUGAGCCUCCUAUGGGGCAGAUUCUGCAGGUGAAUGAGGUGGCUGUGGAGUAUCACGACAUGAUUAAGAAGGAGACGUCUGUAUGA